AUGUGCCUCGGCCUAGAGCUGGCCGUCGUGGUGGAUGUGCACGGGGCCGUGGUUGACGGGGACAUAGCGGUAGAAAAGGGGGUUUCGAGGAUCCACACGAGCAAAUCUCAUUGCACUCACAGGAUCACGCAGGACGCGCUGGGCGCUAUUCCUAUGUGCAGGAGGACGAGGUCGCGAUCACGAGUAGGGACGAUCGGCACGGCGUCGCUGGGGCUCGCGGCUGGGACUUGGGCACGAGGUCUGGCUAUGCGCGGUUGCGGGCGGAGGCUCGCGAUAGUGCGCGGCUGGGCUCGGGCGAGGUCUUGGCGGCGGCGGUCGGCUAGGGAAGAUGACCGAAAAAUAUGA